AUGGCUAGACGUUUGUUUCUGGUGGUUGUGCUCAUUUUAGCCAUGGCUGCUCAUUCAAGUGCCACAUGGUGCAUUUGCAAGGAUGGAUUGAGUAAUCAAGCCUUGCAGAAGGCACUGGAUUAUGCAUGUGGUGCAGGGGCUGAUUGCAAUCCAACUCAUCAAAAUGGACCUUGUUUCAACCCCAACACUGUGAGGGCUCAUUGCAAUUAUGCCGUCAAUAGUUAUUUUCAAAAGAAAGGCCAAACCCCAACAGCCUGUGAUUUUUCAGGCACUGCCUACACAGUUACAUCUGAUCCAAGCACAACUGGCUGUUCUUACCCUGCAAGUGCAAGCGGCGCAAACACGCCUGUAUCGACCACCACCACUACACCUUCCACCAGCCUUCCUAGUGGCGUACUAGGUGGCGGUAGCAAUGGCUUAGGCCCUUCUAGCAUCAACAAUGACAUGAGCGAUGCAGAGAUUCUACUAAGAAAAAACAUCCUCUUCCCCUCCAUUAUCGCCCUGUUUUCAGGACUUGUUUUCUGGUGGGCUUAA